ACGUCGAAGGGGAUGCACACGCCCCAGUCGUUUCCGGGGAGGGCGGCUGCUGUGGUCACUCCGGAAGGGGCCUUGGCCCGUGAUGGACAGGCGGCCCGCGGGGGUCCAGCGCCGCAGUGACCUGCAGGCUGCCGGCCGGACCACUGUCUCAUUGGCUGGACCUGGGCCGGGAGAGCCCCCCACGCAAUGGCGGGAAAGUGGAAUCUAAGGAAACCGGCUGCUGGGAAUUCCGAAGGGACACAGCGAGCAGCAGCUGCGUCAUGGGUUCUACUCCCGCAUUCCCGCCGCCACUGUCUGGACCGCACAUGCCUUCUCCCGCCCGGCGGGUGCUGUGUGUGGGAACGGGGCUUGAGGCUGUGGGCCCCUGGCCUCUCCCAGGCGGUCUCCGGAGCCCUUGGUUCCCAUGGGAGAGCCAGGUACUGAAUGUGAAGGCGCCCUCCACUGCCUGAGCAGGGCCGCGUCGAUGUCAGGGCGCCCAGGCACCUUCGGGGAGGCAGUGCGGGCACAGGCGGGCACGGGGCAUUGAGCCCAGCCGAACCAUCCGGGCAGCCCCAGCUGCCGUGGCCCUGGAGGCCCGGCGGUUGGGGUGCAGACCCUACUCUGCUGGGUAGCAGGCUGCUUUACCCACCAAGCCUCCAAAAAGGGGUUGUCAGGCGCCUCUUCCCGGCCCAGUGUGGGAUGUGAGCUGCGUGUAAAGCGCCCAGUGCAGCCACACCCUCAACCAGCCCUGGCCAGGUGUCUGCCGUGGACAGGUGUCUGCCCUGGGCAGUGUCUGCCCUGGCCAGGUGUCAGCCGUGGACAGGUGUCUGCCCUGGCCAGGUGUCAGCCGUGGACAGGUGUCUGCCGUGGACAGGUGUCUGCCGUGGGCAGGUGUCUGCCCUGGCCAGGUGUCAGCCGUGGACAGGUGCCUGCCCUGGCCAGGUGUCUGCCGUGGACAGGUGUCAGCCAUGGCCAGGUGUCUGCCCUGGCCAGGUGUCUGCCCUGGCCAGGUGUCAGCCGUGGACAGGUGUCUGCCCUGGCCAGGUGUCUGCUGUGGACAGGUGUCUGCCCUGGGCAGUGUCUGCCGUGGACAGGGGCUCUGCUGUUCUCCACAGCGCCCUGUGUUUUUCUGGGUCUCCGCCUCCUCUGAGUGGGUGGGGACUGUCGGGUUGCCCAGAACUGCCCCGGUUCACGCUUCGCAAUCAGCAGCAUCCCUCUCACUCUCAGAAGUGCCCCGUUUGGCGGUACGUUCCUCCGAUGAUGGCCCUGUCCGUCGUCUUAGCGGAUAAGCAGCCCUGGAGAGCUCCUUUGAGGUGGUGGCUUCACGCGGCUGUGCCUGGAUCCCUGUCGAGCAGGAGGGCCGAGGCUGAGGGAUCCGGCAGCCGAGCGUGAGGACCAGACCCAGCGAUGACCAGUUCCCCCGUCUCCAGAGUCGUCUACAACGGCAAGAGGAACAGCAGUCCCCGCUCUCCCCCCAGCAGCAGCGAGAUCUUCACCCCGGCCCACGAGGAGAAUGUGCGCUUCAUUUACGAAGCCUGGCAGGGCGUGGAGCGGGACCUUCGGAGCCAGAUCUCCGGCAACGAGAGGGGCCUGGUGGAGGAGUAUGUGGAGAAGGUCCCUAACCCCAGCCUGAAGACCUUCAAGCCCAUCGACCUGAGCGACCUGAAGCGCCGCAGCUCGCAGGAUGCCAAGAAGUCGUAAAGCCCGCGGGGCCUGGCCUCUGGGAGACCCGUGCCGCCUGGGGGCGCCCGCUCUCCCCUGGGCCCAGCCCUGGGAGGGGGAGGGGAGCCGGGGCUGCGCUCCCUGUGGGCGGCAAACCCCAGGAGCCAGACAGCGUGACUGAAGGCCAGCCUGCCCCCCAGCCCCUCCUUUCCUCUGGGCCGUCUCUGUCCCCGGAGGGUCGCCCUCCAGCCCCGCGCACUCCCGGGCCUGCCCCCAGGAUCUUGACCUUGACUCCUCCCUUCCUGUCUCCCCCACUGCCCCGGCCCCGACCCCUGGCCACCUCCAGGGCCUGGGGACUCGUCCAGGUUUGACUCUGAGGUGGCCGGAAGGCAAGACAAGGGCGGCCCCACCCACACCCAGCCUGGGUCCCCCACAUUGGACACAUGGGAGCAAAUAACCCCGACCCUGCACCCCUCACUGCCCAGCCUGGCCCCUUCCUCCAGGCCUGGGACCCCCGGUGCCUCGCAGGGUUCUGGCCCUGGUGUCUGUGCCCUGCGGCCAUAGCAGCCCCUCGGCAGGGGCAGGGCGCUGGGGUCCGGCCUGUGCUGUGCUGGGUCGCCAGGGCCCUUUCCCUGUGCUGAGCCCGGGACCGUGAAUAAAGGUGGCAAUGCUGGUG